UUGUCUCUUAUCUCAUUGACUUUCUUUAUCUCUUUUGCUCUAACCUGUCUUUCUCCUUUUCAUCCUGUCUCUCUCCUCCCUUCUGCUUCCGAAAGGUCUGUUGCUGUUUGGUUCUCCUUUGUAAUCCUUAUUUACGUAUCUCUCUCUUCUCAUUUCGUUAAUUUCUUUUUCUCUUUUUCUAUCUAGUUUCUCUCGUUCAGCGCCUCAAACGGAAGCACUUCAAACCAACUGACUGAGUGACUGACAUGUGCCUUUCUCUCGCCUUCAGUCUAACGUGACGAGCAAGACUCCGAUUUUCAUGGUGCGUGGGCUGCCCUCCGGCCUGGCCCUCACCAUCCGCAUCUACGCCGCCAACGCCAAGGGCCGAUCCGAUGCCUCAGUCCUGCUCGCCAACACUGUGCCCGACCCGGCGGAGAAACACAUCCAAGCAGGAGUGAUCCAGGCAAGCGAGCUGCCGUCCACCAUGGAGCUGCACCCGUCUCUGGCCAUCAUCCUGGGCGUGGUGGGCGGCAUCCUGGUGGUGUUCGUGGUGAUCGUGGUGGUGAUGGUAGUGCGUCGGCCCAGGCGGGACAAUGCGCAGGGCCGCAUCAACCAGGCGGACUCCAGCAUCCAUAUUCUGAAGAAGGACGACAGCCACUCUGGACGCCUCGAUGUGGAUGAGAAGGACCCAGACGUGAUUCCCGAGACCAGAGGCAGCCGGGCGGAUCUGCUGGAGCGGCGCGGCGCGUGGCUGACGUGUCCCACCAUUUACGGAGAGAUGGUGGGCGGCACACCACGGACGCCAGCCACGAUCACGCUCCCCAGGAGCCCCCCCCACACCCUCGCCCAACACUUACCCAGACUCCGGCCACGUCACCCAUGCCACUCAUGCCCACGUCGAGCCAGUCCACGCCCAUGUUGAGUCUCAGCCGCACGCCCACCAGACGCCCCUACAUCCAGCAACAGCAGCAGCAGCAGCAGCAGGAAUACACGGCCUCGCCCCCGCCCAUCGACAUGCACCACUCCGUGUCCUACCACCACAUGCCCCCAACCUCCACCACCGUCCCCACACCCAUGUACACCCACGCCAUCCCCAUCUCCCACACUCAAACCUUGCCCCACCCUCGCUCAAACCACGGGCCGGGGCCACCACGCCCACACCGCCACGCUACAGCGGCGGAGCAGCCUCUUCAUGGUGAGCCUCGCGCAGGACACUCAUUGACCUUG